AUAAGUGAUAUAUAUUAUCAACCCCACCUGCACUGCAGCAAACCCAAAUCCAGUUUCAGUCUUUUGUUUUCUUUUCACCCACUAUAAAUUUAUCCGAAAUACACACAACACACAGUGAAAAGCACAAUCUUUCUUUUCCCAUGGCGGCCACCCCGGUUCUACUUCUAAUCACUCGUUCUUCUGAUAAUUCAUCGCCUACGGCUUCUUUCUUUCACAUUACAAUGCUGUCUUCUUAUACUUUCUUCAUUUUCCUUACUUUUUUGGUUCUCAUUUUCACCCUGUACGCAAUCUUGAAGAACAAUAACCACGGUACUCGGUGUAAAAAGGAAGAGAACUCCGUAAAAAUCCAGUCUUUGCCUGUAAAUGACGAUGAAAAGAUAGCCCCACAACAGAAGCAAGAAACUGGCUGCGGGACCGACCCGGAAAAUUUGGCCCGCUCAUUGCUUCUUGAGAUCUUGCCAUCGAGUUCGCCGAAAUGGGAUGAACUUUUUAGUAAAAGUGAAGAUUUUGAUGAUGACCCAGGUGAGAAGAGCGGGUCGGGUCAAGAAGAAAAGAAGAGGAAGAAGAAGCGAGCGAGGAAGAAGAGGCCCGGCCCAAAUGAAGAGGAGAGAAAGGAGAAGGAAGAGUUGGUGUGUUUGUAUCCAUUCACUAAGUCUUCUAGUGCUACUCAAAGGAAAAUCAAGCAGCAAUAUGAUCAACUUGUCAAGUCUCACGGAUCAAAUGGAUUGACUCUUGAUCAGGUUGGUCAAUUUGUUAACUGCUUGGUCGAGGCGAGAAACGAGCUGCAGAACAAGUCCGAGGUCAUCAAACGGCGAUUCACAAUUACCAAGGCCCUACUGUUUAAGGCAGACAGGUCAUCAUUUGACCGCCUCCGUCAACAGAUAUACAAGCUAGAACUAGAGCAAAAGAGAUUAGAAGAGGAUGCUUUUGUAUAUAAUUGGCUCCAAGAACAGCUUAAGGUCUCUCCAGCGUAUAAAAAGAUGCUAGAAAUUGGUGCUUGUGUGGAGAUGAAAGCAAAAUCCAGCAAUCUUGUGGAGAGUACAGAUGCUGAUUUUUCUGAUAUAUCUUUCGAAGAGCUACUGGCACAGGAGAAGAAGGACGCAUUUUGGCAGAGAAAUGGGAAACUUAAACCAUGCUCGGGUUGAGGGACUAGUAUUGGGGCUAAUUUUAUCUGAUUUACUAAUAACACCAUGUACAUCCAAAACCCAAAACCAUGCACUGUUGCAGAAAUUUUGCUGCUGCCUGUGCCUCUUUGUAUUGAUUUCAAAAAUGAAAUCAUGAGCGGUAACCUUUUGAUCCUUGAUAGUUUCUUAGUUCCUCUCUUGGACGCUAAUCGAUCAUGGAUAGUGCAAAAUAGAUAUUCUGUAUAUCAAGUUUUCUCUAGUACUGUGCUCAUCAUCACUAACUAUGUCUUAAUCUAAAACUGGGCUUUAGCUUUCUUUUUA